UAAGCAUUUGCAAUAAAAAAAAAAAUUAAAAAUCAAUCAUGGCUGCCGUGUUUAACCUUGGUCCAAGAGUUUUAGGUUCUGCAAGGUUAUUAGUUAAAAAUAAUGGUGUUCUGCAAGUUUUAGGACAACGAAGUGCGUCUCAGUCAUGGUACCCUGAUCCGGAAUGGUUCAAGUUCUAUGAAGGUGUGUUCCUGACCAACCCCGGGGAUGACCCUAUGCUGAAGAAAUGGAAAGUUCAAAACUGGCAGAAUGUACCAUCAAUCCCGGAGAAGCAGGUGAGGAACUUGGCAUUGAACUUUGGGCCUCAACACCCGGCAGCUCAUGGCGUUUUGCGUCUGGUUCUGGAACUGGACGGAGAGACGGUUGUGCGAGCCGACCCCCAUAUCGGUCUGCUCCACAGAGGCACAGAGAAGCUGAUUGAGUACAAGACAUACACUCAGGCUUUGCCCUACUUUGACCGGCUGGACUAUGUGUCCAUGAUGUGCAAUGAGCAGUGUUACUCACUGGCCGUUGAGAAACUGCUGAACAUCGAUAUACCCAUGCGCGCCAAAUACAUCCGAACACUUUUUGCUGAAAUUACAAGAAUACUGAACCACAUUAUGGCAGUGGGCACUCAUGCUCUGGAUAUAGGUGCCAUGACUCCAUUCUUCUGGUUGUUUGAAGAACGUGAGAAGAUGAUGGAGUUUUACGAGAGAGUGUCCGGAGCUCGGAUGCACGCAGCUUACGUCCGACCUGGUGGAGUGGCUCUGGACCUUCCACUUGGACUGAUGGAGGAUAUUUAUGAGUUCACCGUCAAGUUUGGCGAACGUAUCGAUGAAGUUGAGGACUUGUUGACGACCAACAGACUGUGGGUUCAGCGGACACAGGACAUCGGAGUGGUGACAGCUGAGGAGGCCCUUAACUAUGGCUUCAGUGGAGUUAUGCUACGAGGCUCUGGAAUCAAAUGGGAUCUGCGUAAGUCUCAGCCGUACGACGCUUAUCAUUUGGUAGAGUUUGACGUUCCCAUCGGCACCAAGGGAGACUGCUACGACAGAUACCUGUGCCGAAUUGAAGAAAUGAGGCAGUCUCUGAGAAUCAUAGAACAGUGUCUCAACAACAUGCCUCCUGGAGAGGUGAAAACCGACGACAUGAAAAUAUCAACUCCAUCCAGGGCUGAAAUGAAGACGUCUAUGGAAGCUUUGAUUCAUCACUUCAAGCUAUUCACUCAAGGCUACCCAGUACCACCUGGUGCUACGUACACAGCUAUUGAGGCCCCUAAAGGAGAGUUUGGUGUUUACUUAGUGUCUGAUGGAGGUUCAAAGCCAUACAGGUGCAAGAUCAAGGCUCCUGGCUUUGCUCAUCUCGCAGCUUUAGAGAAGAUCGGCAAAGGUCACAUGUUGGCUGACAUUGUCGCCAUCAUUGGUACAUUGGAUGUUGUGUUUGGUGAAAUUGAUCGCUAAAGACACAUCAAUAGGAUAAUUUAAAAAAUAAAUCGUUAAGUUAUAAGCGAUAUUAUUUAUUGUAUAUUCCUUUUGUAAAUACUGUAUAAUUUUAUUCUACCAUCCUGUUAACCAAAGCUAAUUGGCUUUUAAAUAAACACAGUAAACUAU